UGAAGAACCAUUGAACAGGUCAUGGUUGCCAGCUCGCUCUUUUCCACUGAUCUCUCGCCAAGAAGCUGUGUUAGGAGCACCGAUCACAAUGGUGAAGGUGUACAAACCUGGCCGUGUUGUCAUCCUCCUCACUGGAAAACAAGCUGGUAAAAAGGCAAUUGUAAUUAAGAGUAAUGAUGAUGGCACUCAAGAUCGGCCUUAUGAGCACGCCUUAGUUGCUGGCAUUGAGCGUUACCCUCGUAGAGUAACGAAAAGCAUGAGCAAGAGAAAGAUUGCAAGGAGGUCGAAGAUUAAACCAUUUGUCAAGAUUGUGAACCUGAAACAUCUUAUGCCUACUCGUUAUACAGCCACAGACAUUAUCUUUGAUAAAGCUAAGGUCAACAAAGAGACCUUGAAGGACCCUGGCAGGAGGAAGAAGGCACGUAAAGUUGUCAGGUAUACCUUGGAAGAAAGAUACAAGAGUGGCAAGAAUCGAUGGCUUUUCCAGAAGCUUAGAUUCUAAAUAAACUGUGGUUGUGUAUAUAGGCUCCUUAUUGGCCUAAUGUGAAGUUAUUGGAAAUUAAAAAGAUGAGGGAAUAUCAGACAA